UUGGCCAGUAGCGUCAGUCGCAAGCGUCCGUGACAAUUCGGAGCAGAGACCGACAAUGUCACGAAUCCUCCUAGUUUGCCUCGUCGUCAUGGCGGUUUUCACUAGUUCCUUCGGUCAGCAGUGCGGAUUGAACGAGGAGUUCAGGACCUGUGGAUCAGCCUGCGAGCCUUCGUGUGCCAAACCACGCCUAGGCGUUUGUACCUAUCAAUGCAAGAUCGGCUGUCAGUGUAAGACCGGGUUCCUGAGGAACGGAGAGGGAACCUGCGUUGCUCCGGCGGACUGUUAGCAGCUUUGAACGUGUGCUUCAUCAUUCGUGGAUUUUUAUCCACUAUUUCGCUUUCUCGCUUCUACCCAUGACCACCACUUGGCCACGUCCUUCAACUUCGACCCGGUACAAUGUGUACGGUCAUGCUAAUAAACUGGUGUUUUAAAUCCUCAAA